AAAACAGCGCCAUCUGGUGGGCGUGGGUCUCCUAGGAAGCCACGCAGCGCAUCCAUGCUGGCACAGUGAGGGUUAAAACUCUGCCAGGGGAGCCUCAGAGAAGUAAAGCCGGGCAGCAGCAGCAGCAUCCACUCAGUCGGUCCACUCUCCCAGCCCGGAUGGAGCACAGUCUGCGGUCCUGAGGAGGAAGGUACCGAGCCUAGGGUCUUCUACUUGUUGAUUCGCAGCAGAGUGGGAGUGGGAGGAGGAGGAGGAGGAGGAGGGGGUACGCACUGGACGUGACGUGUUGGUAGGAAAAAGAAGAGAGGAGCGUUAGAUUGCAUUACCUUUCUAUCCUGUCUCCACGCCGCCCACGAUGCCUUCAUCAGACCCUCAGCUCAGGGCGGGAGAUCCGGACGGGUUGGCAACCUUUGGCCACCUUUGACGCGGGUGUCAGUGGGAGGAAGGAAGAUGUCCCACUUCCGUGACAUACAGGAGGCACACCAAGGAGAAGAGCCCAGACCCCGAUGAGGUCCCCCAAAGGACCACGUCUUCUUAAUCCCCACCGCAGCUCACCAUCCAGGCUUUUGCACAAGUGAAAGAUGAUCAAAACCGCGUCCACGUCGGCCGUCACGCUGCCGCCGGACACGAUGGAGAUCAUCCGAAGCAAGCACACCCGCCGAGUGAGACUCAAUGUCGGGGGUCUCCUCCACGAAGUCCUGUGGAGGACUCUGGACCGACUGCCCCGUACCCGACUUGGCAAACUCCGGGACUGCAACACGCACGACUCCAUCAUGGAGAUCUGCGAUGACUACAGCUUGGACAGCAACGAGUACUUCUUCGACAGACACCCCGGCGCCUUCACGUCCAUCCUCAACUUCUACCGCACCGGGAAGCUGCACAUGAUGGAGGAGAUGUGCGCCCUGUCCUUCAGCCAAGAGCUGGACUUCUGGGGCAUCGACGAAAUCUACCUGGAAUCCUGCUGCCAGGCCAGGUAUCACCAGAAGAAGGAGCAGAUGAACGAAGAGCUGAAGAGGGAGGCGGAGAACAUGAGGGAGAGGGAAGGUGAGGAGUUUACCACCACGUGCUGCUCGGAAAAGCGGAAGAAACUUUGGGACCUCUUGGAGAAACCCAGCUCGUCGUUUGCUGCCAAGAUCCUGGCCAUCAUCUCCAUCCUCUUCAUCGUGUUGUCCACCAUCGCCUUGUCCCUCAACACGCUUCCAGAGCUGCAGGACACAGACGAGUUUGGUCAUCCCACAGAUAACCCCCAGCUGGCCCACGUGGAGGCCAUCUGCAUCGCCUGGUUCACCAUGGAGUACCUUCUCCGCUUCCUCUCCUCGCCCAACAAGUGGAAGUUCUUCAAGGGUCCGCUGAACAUCAUCGACCUGUUGGCCAUCCUGCCAUAUUACGUCACCAUCUUCCUGACGGAAUCCAACAAGAGCGUGCUGCAGUUCCAGAAUGUUCGACGUGUGGUUCAGAUUUUCCGAAUCAUGCGGAUCCUGCGUAUUUUGAAGCUAGCUCGUCACUCCACGGGUCUUCAGUCUCUGGGCUUCACGCUCCGCAGGAGCUACAACGAGUUGGGACUGCUUAUUCUCUUCCUCGCCAUGGGUAUCAUGAUCUUCUCCAGUCUUGUGUUCUUCGCCGAAAAGGAUGAAGAGGACACUAAGUUUAAAAGCAUCCCAGCGUCCUUCUGGUGGGCGACCAUAACCAUGACCACGGUAGGCUAUGGAGAUAUUUAUCCCAAAACCCUUUUGGGAAAGAUCGUAGGCGGGUUGUGCUGCAUUGCUGGAGUCCUGGUGAUCGCCCUUCCCAUUCCCAUCAUCGUCAAUAACUUCUCGGAGUUCUACAAAGAACAAAAGAGGCAGGAGAAAGCCAUCAAAAGGCGGGAAGCGCUAGAAAGGGCAAAGAGAAAUGGCAGCAUCAUCUCCAUGAACAUGAAGGACACAUUUGGACGCAGUGUGGAUCUGAUGGACAUCAUGGUGGAGAAAACGGAACCCGGGAAGAAGAUACAAGUCAACCACGUGACUCAUACGCCGCAGAAAGGGAAGCCUCAAUCCGAGUCUGAAGCCAGCCCCGGGAAGAAGAACCUGGAAUCAAGCCACCAGGAGCAAGCCAAGCCUGCGGGAAACCCUCAGCACCUCAGCGCUCAGACACUGGAGGAGAUGUACGACAAGAUGGCCAAGACCCAGUCCCAGCCGGAUCUCAACAGCAAGGACAAGUCUAAAGCUUCCAGGCAGAAACCGGAAUUUGAGAUGGGAGCCGUGACGGACGUGAGGAGCAUGUCCAGCAUCGAUAGCUUCAUGAGCUGCGCCACCGAAUUCCCGGACAGCUCCCGCUUCUCCCAUUGCAAUAACCCCGCCAGGGUCAGCACCAAUCCAAGUCUGGAGCCCACCUUGGAGAACGACGAGGACAACGAAACACCUCUGACGGGACAGAGCCCCGCGGGUCUGCGUUGUAGCAAUCCACUCAAGGUCCACUCCGGGAGAGCUAGUCGCUAUUCCGGGACGGGUGUCCCCUCAGAUGGGUCGUCUCUGCAGAGUCCAGAGGUCUCGGUCUACACGACUGCAAGCAGCAGAACGCCUAGCAAGAGCCCGGAGAAUUUACCACCAAACAUCUUCACCUUCCACGACGCUUCCAUUAACAAGUUCAUCGACGCCGACACGGAUGAAGAGGAACAUCUUCACGACGCAUCGGCAAUCAGUCCGGCUCAGAGACUCCUGGGAAGAAUCAGUCCCAGAUUCGGGCACCAGAGAGCCAAGCACAUGGAUGGCCUCCAGAGGAAGCUUGGGAAUAGCACGAUGCCGAUGGACGGGCAGGAGAACCACGUGACUCAGGAAGUACGGUUGCUUCACGGAGAUAUGAGUCAUUCCAAAACUUUACACAAGUGAGGACACAUGUCAGUCAAGGAGACCUGCGAGAAACUUUUGAAGGAACAUUUGAAGGAUGAAGAUGCCAUUGGAGGACUUGCAUACGAUAGCAAAUGUUUGACAGAAAUUUAGCUAGCUGACACCAGAACUUUUGAAGGUUUCAUGAGGAUUUGGUCGGAUUUUGUACAAAAAGUAGUGUAAAUAGUAGAAGACUCAGAAUUUAGAUCUUACUUUAGAAUGAAGAAAGCCAUCAACCAUAAUCCCAAACCACAUGAUCCUGAAUCAGAGGUGUCCAAAGUGCGCCACGGGAGGCCAUUUGUAGCAUAGUUUGCUUUUUUAAAGGCACAUUCUGAAAAUAUAAUUGAACAAAAAAACCAAAAAAAAAUUACAGCAAAAAUUGAAAAAUCUGCAGUAAUUUUGCAAGAAUAAAGUCAAAAUAUUAAAAAAAAAAAAAAAAUUUGUUGUCAUAUUAUGAGGAAAAAUAACAUAAUUUUACUAGCAUAGAGUCGAAUGAUUCACGGAAAUAUGUUAAUUUUGGAAAAUUUAAAUUUUGAAAAAAUUUAAUGUUCCAAAAAAAUAUUACAGGAAUAAAGUCAUAAUAAUUAUGAGAAGAAAAUUCUCAGGAAAAAAAUUAAAAAUGUAAUUUAAAAAAUGACAAGAGCUGCAAUCUGACGAGAAUAAAGUCCCAACAUUACGAGGAAAAAAGUUGCAAUUUUCCGAGAAAAAAUUCAUGUCAUUUUAGUAGCAUAAGAAUUCCAUCUAUUUUCUAUGCAGCUUAUCCUCAAUGGGGUCGCGGCGGGUAUGCUGGAGCCUAUCCCAGCUGGCGGGAUACACCCUGGACUGGUCGGUAGCAUAUCAAACUGAAAAAAAAGUGCAUUCUUGAGAUUAAUAUUAUAAUGAACAAACAUAAAAAUGUAUUUUUUAAGAAAUUAAUAAGGAUGCUCCGAUCAGGGUUUUAUGCUGCUGAUUCCGAUAAUCGUCUGAUUCCGACAAUAAGGAUGAAGUCUACAUUUUCAGUGUAUUUAUGAUGAGUGGUAUCGGUCGGGGGCGCCGUUACACAAUUCCGAGUGUUUAAAAAUGUUUACAAAAUAAACAUUUUUUUUUUUGCCUUUAUUAUGGUGAAACAAUUUUCAUACUAUUUUUUUAAUACUGUCAACUAUAUUUGUUUUAUGACUGGCAACAUAUGUCAUUUACCAAUCACAUCUCCGGUGUAGCGAUCAUUUUUAUGCUAAUUUUAUGCUAAUUUGUCAUUUUAUAAAAGUCUGAAUUUAACACGUAGAAUAAAAAAUUACACACAAUUUUUUUUUUUUUGGAGGACAAAACAUUAUUCAUAUCAUGAGUCGUUAAACAUAUCGGUGAUUGGCUUUGAAAUAAAUACACCGAUCACAAGUUCGAUAUCCGCCGAUAUUGAUUGGCGGCCGAUCGAUCAAAGCAUUCCUACAAAACAGUUAAGCUACAACAGCCGACCUAUUGUGCUCAUUUUUUAAAGUCCUGUAGAGCAGCGACACACAAUAACCCGCGCAUAAAGCUUUCUAGAUCUUCCAGAAUCUGCACCUAUUUCCUUGGAAUUUGUGCUUCCCGUCAAAACGGUCUGUUUAAAUUUAUUCCACGUACGACUCACUUGCGGGUAUGCUUAAUCCGCCGUGAUUGGUUCUACUCCUAAACUACUUCCUGACUACUGCGAACAAUAUAAACAAUAUAGUGCGUUAUAGGAGUUAUUAAUAAUGACUAUUAAUAAUAAUAAUAAUGACUUGCCUGAGAGGAGCACUCAUUGUCGCACACACUUUGUCCGAGGCACCACUUGUACCGUGGAAAAGUGGAAAAGCAUAAUAAGGUCUAGAGCAGGGGUGGGCAAACUACGGCCCGGGGGCCACAUCCGGGCCACCGAGUGUUUGAAUACGGCCCGCCCAAUCUUUCCAAAGUAUUUCAUUUAAACUCAACAUACAACCUGGCAUCCUGAAAAAAGAGACACAAGCACAUAAUAAUAAUACAAAUUAAAAUAAUUAUUAUUAUAUUAUUAUUAUAUUAAUGCUAAUUAUUAUAUUUAUUAUAUUAAUGCUAAUUAUUAUAUUAAUUAUAUAUAAUAAUAUUGUUAUAUUUGCAUAUUUUACAUAAUAAUAAUAUAAUAAUUAUUAUUUUAAUUUUAUUUUAAUUAUUAUAAUAUUUUAUUAUUUUUAAAAUAUUUAAAUAUAAUAAAAUAUUAAAUAUUAAAUAUAUUUUAAUAUUAUAUAUUUUUAAAUAUAAAAUAUUUAAAAUAUAAAAUAAUAAAUAAUAAUAGCAGAUUGCAUGACAAUUUUACAGAUACAAUAAUACCAGGUGGACUGUUACGUGUAAAAUAUAUAGUCUGCCCCCCCCCCCCCCCCCCCUCGGAAAUUUUGUUAUAUCAAUGCGGCCCGCGAGUCGAAAAUUUUGCCCACCCCUGGUCUAGAGCUUUAAAGGAAUAACAUCAAAAUAUUAUGGAAAUACAGAAAUUUUUACAAAGAUUACUUAAAGAAGAAAGUUGACAAAUAUUUGGGUAAUACUGUGAAUAUAGCUGAUACUUUUUACUUAAACAUAUAUAACUUUUUAGCAUAUCUAUACACGUGUUGCUUGACAAAGUAUCAAAGUGGCAAAGUUACAUGCUUUUAUUUUUCAGUAUGUGGCCCACGUUUUGGACACCCCCCGUCCUAACAUGUCCUAAAACACUAACAUGUCCUAAAAUGGACCCCAUACAGUGAGGUAUAAAAAACAGGAUUUCCACAAAAUGGCGGUGUGUCAGGUAACCCAGCAGGCACACAAUAAUAAUUGAAUAAACAUUCUUGACGCUGAACGUUUAAAAUUGAAACAACGUUGCAAAAUUGUUGUAUUGGUAAAUUAAGACAAUUUUAUUUUACUAUUUUUUUUUCAUUUUAAUAGUAAUGGUAAUGGUUUUAUUAGAUUUGAACAUGCAUCAGAUUCCAAUUGAGUGCAUCCCAUAAUCAGUUCCCAGUUCCACAUGUCCAAAAGGAGUAGGAAGAAGCAAUGCUUAUUAAAUCCUACCCCUCCAUCUGGUACUUUUACAAUCAGUAACUGUUACAUUUGUUCACUUCCUGCUUUCAUAAUAUAGUCAAAUAUUUUUUGUUUUGUUUUUUUAAUUUAAUUUUUUUUUAUUUAAUUUUUUUUAAUUUUAUUUAUUUAUUUAUUUAUUUAUUUUUUAAUUUUUUUUUUUUUUAGGUGAUAUGAGCAUCCAAUGCCAUAAUGGGUACCAUAGUAAGUGUCAAUAUAGUGAUAUAUAUAGCACAUCAUGACUGGUUCAAGACUCUUCAUCCUUGUAUUUAGCAAAUUUAUUUUAUUUCUAAAUUUAUUUUAUUAAUUUUGAUUUUUUUUUUUUAGUUUUUAAAAUUUUUUUUAAAUUUUUUUAGUUUUUGUCUUGUACCAAAGCACGAGGUGAUAUGAGCAUUGCACUUCAACCCUUCUUACUGUGCUUCUUCAAUGAAGUCAUAUGAAACCAGAUAGGAAAUAUGGUUGGCAGGGUUUUAGCAUUAACAUUGCAAUAAUGUGAUGGAUUUGUCACGAUAGCAAAAUGCUAAUAAGACACUCAAAAAAGUGUUUGUUAUUUUGGAUUCAUAUAAGUCAUUUUGUUCUAUUUGCAGAAUAUUUGUGGUAGAAAAAAAGUUAUUUUAAAAUAAAGAAUACAUUUCCGAUGAGCAAUGUAACAUCAGCCAUCUUUGACAGGAAUUAGUACAGUAAACCUCGGAUAUAUCGGAUUCAAUUGUUCCCACUGGUUUUGUCCGAUAUAAGCGAAAUCCGUUAUAUGCGUAUACCGGAAAAUGUCCGUUUUACGCAUAUAUGGGAUUUAUAUCCGGUAUAUGCGUAAAUGGGAUUUUAUCCGUUAUAAAAAGGCACUUCCUUGACUAUGUUUCCAAUGUACCUGGACGCGCAGGCAACGCUGCAAACGCUGCAAAUGACGUCGUAUAGCGGCCUGUCACGAUUCGGAUUCGAAUCGGAGCGCCACGAUGCGGCCAUCCGAUAUAUGCCAGGGAAAUUUCAUGGAAAUGCAUUGGAACGGGACUGGAGAUUUUGUCCGAAAUAGGCGAAAUCCGUUAUAAAAAAUCCGAUAUAUGCAAUGAAUUUUUAUUGGAAAUGCAUUACAGAAAAAUCGCUUCUUUUUUUAUCGGUCCGUUGUGAGCGACUUUCCGAUAUAUCCGAGUCCGAUAUAUCCGAGGUUUACUGUAUAUUCUUUUUUUUUUUUAGUUGGGAGCUGAUAUUUUCCUGAAACUUACCUAUGUUGUAUGCGAGGGAAAUUUCAUGGAAAUGCAUUGGAACGGGACUGGAGAUUUUGUCCCAAAUAGGCGAAAUCCGUUAUAAAAAAUCCGAUAUAUGCAAUGAAUUUUUAUUGGAAAUGCAUUACAGAAAAAUUGGUUCUUUUUUAUCUGUCCGUUGUGAGCGAAUUUCCGAUAUAUCCGAGUCCGAUAUAUCCGAGGUUUACUGUAUAGUAUCUUAGAAAGUGGCAGGACCCAAAAUUUUGGCAUUUAAAAAAAAAUCGUAAAAAAAAAAAUUGUAAAUUGUGGGGGGGGGGGGGGGCCCAAAAAUGACAGAAAACAUCACUUUGGGUGCAUUUUCACAUUUUCUAAUUUGCAGCAUUUCUUUGUUGCAUAUGUUUUAUUAUGUUUCUGUGUUUUUUUGAUUUUGGGUCAUUUCUGUGUUUGCCCCCGUCGGCUCCUGUAUGGUUGUCCCAAAUGUAGCCACAAAAGGUAUAAAGCAUCCCUUUUUAGCUUGUGUACUCAGUAGGAUACUACACAAAAAGAGCAGUUUAUUGUACAAGGAAAAGAAAAUCAUUUAUAUUUUUAAGAUAUUUUAUUAAAAAAGAACGGACUUGAGUGGGUGAAUCCUACUGAGCUCUUAGUAGUCCAUUUGGGUGUGUGAAAUGCAUUUAUUGGAGCAUCAGUAGAUAGAAGGUAGAUGCAUUUUAAUGUACUGGUGUGAACGUCUCUCCCUUUAUCCUUUGUGCAAUAUGAAGAACCAAAGAAAGCAAAGUUCUCUCCGAUAGUCCAUGAAGGUGAUACAUGUGUUGAAUAAAUGUCUGACAUGCAGUAUUGCAGGGAGCUCAUUUAUUUGCGGGUGAGUGAAGGACACCGAGACGCUUUCGUUUGAGUUUUUAAAACUUCAUAACACGACGACAUAGCGUGAUUUUAUAUCUAUUUUAGAGCCAAAUAAUGCAGAAAAUAAUGGUAAUAACACUCGUGAAAAAAUUG